UUAGAAAUAAUGAUUUACACAAAACUGCAGAGUAUAGUUAAUCAGUUCAACAUGGACCAAUACAAGGGUCUGGCUAUAUACUUUCUCUUUUACCUUUACUCAUCAGGAGAAUCCAGAAGUUACCUAAUUCAGACUGCUAUAGAAAAUGGAAACAGAAAAGCAGGAAGUGAAAAUAACCUAGCCUUUGAUGUCAAAGAUAAUGAUGAAGAACCCCAGUUGUUAGUAGAUUUGAACCCAAAAGGUGCUGGUGCAUCAUUGAGAGCUCUCUCUCCUAAAACAUCAAAGUUCUGCGAUGAUCCUGAUCUCUUAUCCUGUCAGAUCGCUGACAUUAGUGCUAAUAUUCUUGGAAAGAAAAGUAUUCUGCUCCCAGGGAAUAUAGAGUUAAAGUUUAAGAAUAAAGUUCCGGGGAAUGACAAUGCUUACAAUUAUGAAGGAGCUGGGUCCAGUCUUAUUGUUAUUUACAAUCCUGAAAGCAGUGCAAUGAGUGGAACAGCUACCCUAGCAGAUGGAAGAACUUUUGUACUUGAGUACAUAGGCGAAGAGGGGCAUUUAUGGAAAGAAAUGAAUAUUCAAAAGCUUAAUCAGCUUUCAUAUGUUAGCAAUGGUAAUAGAGGUGAAGGUAGAACUCCAUUUCAAGAUUUUAUUGAGUUACCCCCUGGUAAUAUUAAUAGACGAGAAUGGAAUCCGUUACUUAAUGGAACAACAGACAAUACUACCAUGGCCUUUAUAUCAGUUAAAAUUCACUUUACUAAGGAAUUUGCUAGUAUUACCAGCAACAUUAAUGAUUUUGUGGAUAAAAUGCUAGCAAUUACUAACCAAGGAUUCCUUAACAGCAAGGUUCCAAUAACUGUAGUAAUGAAUUGCCUAGAGGAAACUGGCCUAGAAGAAACAGGGUCUGCUAACUCUAUGUUUGACAAAUUUGAAAAUUCAGAAAACUUGUAUCAGACUGCAGAUACUGCAUUAUUACUUGUAAAGAAUUUGGGAGAUUUAUGUGGCAUUGCAUAUACAUAUGCAAUUCAUGGCAAUGCAAUCUCUGUUGUACAAAAAAGCUGUGUAGAAACCUUUACUUAUGGUCAUGAACUUGCUCACAAUUUGGGUUGCCAACACAAUAUUGAAGAAACCAAGAAUCGGAAUUUCCCACAUGGCCAGGGAAGCUUUAUUGACAAUCCAUAUAACCCCUCACAAGGCUAUCAUACUAUCAUGACUUAUUGGAAGAAUUCCCAUCCAAUAAAAAUAAACAGUUACUCUAACCCUGACGUAAUAUAUCCUAGAACUAACACUAAAACUGGAGAUCCAGAGAAAUCAAACAAUGCUGCUGUUCUGCUACAAAACCGAUUUUUCAUAGCUUCCUUAGGUGAUGAGAGUCAACAAUGCUUUUUAAAAAACUGUCUCAAUGGUAAAUGUAAAGAUUCUGGUUUACAGAUUAAAAAUUGGUGAUUUGAAAAGCUGAGUAUAGAUGGCAAAAACUGAAUUUGGUUAAAAUUAUAAUGUUGUGGCAGAGAAAAUAAUUAAACUACAUUACACAAUGUUUGUUUGAUCAUUUUUGGAAAUAGAAAUUAUUUCAGAAAAAAUA